UGAGUAAACUUAAGGAGAAGUGAGAGAUGGAAAGUUUGCAGCAACAAGAACAAGGAGACAACGUUGCAGUCAUCCAUCAAUCAUGGGGUGGAGGAAGCAACCGCAUAGCUGCUUUAAACGUGGAGCCUGUGACCACCCCACAAUCCUCCCCAGCUAAUAACAGCAAAAGCUUCCAUGAUAAUCAUGUUGAGCAGAAGCCUGGAUGGAGAAAGUUCUUGUCAUUUGUAGGCCCUGGUUUCCUUGUUUCAUUAGCUUAUCUUGAUCCUGGCAACUUGGAAACUGAUUUACAAGCAGGUGCCAGCCAUGGAUUUGAGCUACUUUGGGUGGUUUUGAUUGGAUUAGUAUUUGCUCUAAUAAUCCAGUCUCUUGCUGCAAAUCUUGGAGUCAGUACUGGAAAACACUUAUCGGAAUUGUGCAAGGCUGAGUACCCACCACUGGUGAAAUAUUGCUUAUGGUUACUUGCAGAGCUUGCUGUCAUAGCUGCUGAUAUACCUGAAGUGAUUGGGACAGCCUUUGGGCUGAAUAUACUGUUUAACAUCCCAGUAUGGGUUGGAGUUUUAUGUACGGGUUUAAGCACUCUCCUCCUCCUUGGCCUGCAAAGAUAUGGGGUAAGGAAGCUGGAAAUGCUGAUAGCAGUGCUGGUAUUUGUAAUGGCGGGAUGUUUCUUUGGGGAAAUGAGUUACGUAAAGCCACCGGCGUCCGGUGUUGUUAAGGGCAUGUUUGUUCCGAAGCUUGCCGGCCAAGGAGCCACAGCUGACGCCAUUGCUCUCUUGGGUGCUCUUGUUAUGCCGCACAAUCUCUUCCUUCACUCAGCACUGGUGCUCUCCAGAAAAGUACCCAACUCGGUCCAAGGUGUUAAUGCUGCCUGCAGAUUUUUUUUAAUAGAGAGUGGUUUUGCCUUGUUGGUGGCAUUUCUGAUAAAUGUUGCGGUAGUUUCAGUGUCAGGGACCGUGUGUGCAGAAGAUAACAUUUCUGGAGAUAAUCGAAAUCGUUGCAAUGAUCUUAAUCUCAACUCUGCUUCUUUUCUUCUCCAGAACGUGUUAGGAAAAUCUAGCAAAGCUCUUUAUGGCGUUGCACUUUUAGCUUCAGGGCAAAGCUCAACCAUUACAGGCACUUAUGCAGGGCAAUUUAUUAUGCAGGGUUUCUUGAAUCUUAAAAUGAAGAAAUGGUUGAGGAAUUUAAUGACUAGGUGUAUUGCCAUUACACCUAGUCUUAUCGUGUCCAUCAUUGGUGGAUCUCAAGGGGCCGGUCGACUAAUCAUCAUUGCAUCGAUGAUUCUUUCAUUUGAGCUACCAUUUGCUCUAAUCCCACUCCUUAAAUUCAGUAGCAAUUCAACCAAAAUGGGACCAUACAAGAACUCCAAAAUUAUAAUUGUGAUUUCAUGGAUUUUAGGGCUUGGAAUAAUUGGCAUCAACGUCUAUUACUUAUCUACUGCCUUUGUAGAUUGGUUGAUUCACAAUGAUUUACCAAAAGUAGGCAAUAUAUUCAUUGGAAUCAUUGUGUUUCCUCUAAUGGCGGUCUACAUCAUUGCAAUCCUCUAUCUAACAUUCAGAAAAGACGUUGUUGUUACAUAUAUCGAACCUCAAAAAGAUGAACCAACAGAUACCCAAGUUCGGGUUGCUUUCGAUCUCUCGUCUCAAGUUUAAAUAUCAUAGAAGCUUAAAAUAAAAUUAUGAAUCUUGGCCUCUCUUUUUUUCUGAAACUAUUAUGAAGCAAGAUUUUAU